AUGCAGCAUGCAGCAACGCAAGCAGAAGAUGAGCAGAGGAAUGUGGAGGGUGAGGAACUUCAUCAGAAAAUGCCACAUAGAGUUAAAAAUGAAAACAUGAACAAAAUUGUCAGGAAUCAAGGCAAACCUAAGAGAAAGAAAGGUGGUGGUAUGGUUGAGAAGCGUAAUGGAAGAAAGCAGAAUGUACAUUUUCCAAAGCACAGGAUAAUGAAGUAUUUCAGAAAUACAUCACAGCUCCUUGUUCACCAAACAAUACAAAGAGAGGAGAAAACUUCUGAAUUCUCAGAAAUGAGUAAUAAAUUCAGUCAGAGUAGAAUCUUUCAGCUGCACAAAAAAAGCCACAGAAGAGAGAGAACUUCUACGUGCCCAGAGACUGGAAAGAGAUUAAUUAAGAGUGGCAGUCUUCAACAUCAUCAGAGAACCCACACAGGGGAAAAACCUUAUGAAUGCUCAGAGUGUGGAAAGAGAUUCAGUCAGAGUGGCCAUCUUCAACAUCAUCAGAGAACCCACACAGGGGAGAAACCUUUUGAAUGCUCAGAGUGUGGAAAGAAAUUCAGUCGGAGUAGCACUCUUCAACGUCAUCAGAGAACCCACACAGGGGAGAAACCUUUUGAUUGCUCAGAGUGUGGAAAGAGAUUCAGUCGGAAUGGCCAUCUUCAACUUCAUCAGAGAACCCACACAGGGGAGAAACCUUUUGAAUGCUCAGAGUGUGGAAAGAGAUUCAGUCAGAGUAGCACUCUUCAACAUCAUCAGAGAACCCACACAGGGGAGAAACCUUUUGAAUGCUCAGAGUGUGGAAAGAGAUUCAGUCGGAGUAGCACUCUUCAACAUCAUCAGAGAACCCACACAGGGGAGAAACCUUUUGAAUGCUCAGAGUGUGGAAAGAGAUUCAAUCGGAGUGCCUAUCUUCAACAUCAUCAGAGAACCCACACAGGGGAGAAACCUUUUGAAUGCUCAGAGUGUGGAAAGAGAUUCAGUCGGAGUGGCCAUCUUCAACGUCAUCAGAGAACCCACACAGGGGAGAAACUUUAUGAGUGCUCAGAGUGUGGAAAGAGAUUCAGUCAGAGUAGCACUCUUCAACAUCAUCAGAGAACCCACACAGGGGAAAAACCUUUUGAAUGCUCAGAGUGUGGAAAGAAAUUCAGUCGGAGUAGCACUCUUCAACAUCAUCAGAGAACCCACACAGGGGAGAAACCUUUUGAUUGCUCAGAGUGUGGAAAGAGAUUCAGUCAAAGUGGCAGUCUUCAACAUCAUCAGAGAACCCACACAGGGGAGAAACCUUUUGAUUGCUCAGAGUGUGGAAAGAGAUUCAGUCAGAAUGGCCAUCUUCAACUUCAUCAGAGAACCCACACAGGGGAGAAACCUUUUGAAUGCUCAGAGUGUGGCAAGAAAUUCAGUGAGAGUGGCACUCUUCAACGUUAUCAGAGAACCCAUACAGGGGAGAAACCUUUUGAAUGCUCAGAGUGUGGAAAGAGAUUCAGUCGGAGUGGCAGUCUUCAACUUCAUCAGAGAACCCACACAGGGGAGAAACCUUUUGAAUGCUCAGAGUGUGGAAAGAGAUUCAGUCAGAGUGGCCAUCUUCAACGUCAUCAGAGAACCCACACAGGGGAGAAACUUUAUGAGUGCUCAGAGUGUGGAAAGAGAUUCAGUCAGAGUGGCACUCUUCAACAUCAUCAGAGAACCCACACAGGGGAGAAACCUUUUGAUUGCUCAGAGUGUGGAAAGAGAUUCAGUCACAGUGGCAGUCUUCAACAUCAUCAGAGAACCCACACAGGGGAGAAACCUUUUGAAUGCUCAGAGUGUGGAAAGAAAUUCAGUCGGAGUAGCACUCUUCAACAUCAUCAGAGAACCCACACAGGGGAGAAACCUUUUGAUUGCUCAGAGUGUGGAAAGAGAUUCAGUCACAGUGGCAGUCUUCAACAUCAUCAGAGAACCCACACAGGGGAGAAACCUUUUGAUUGCUCAGAGUGUGGAAAGAGAUUCAGUCAGAAUGGCCAUCUUCAACUUCAUCAGAGAACCCACGCAGGGGAGAAACCUUUUGAAUGCUCAGAGUGUGGCAAGAAAUUCAGGGUGAGUGGCAGUCUUCAACGUUAUCAAAGAACCCAUACAGGGGAGAAACCUUUUGAAUGCUCAGAGUGUGGAAAGAAAUUCAGUGUGAGUGGCACUCUUCAACAACAUCAGAGAACCCACACAGGGGAGAAACCUUUUGAAUGCUCAGAGUUUGGAAAGAGAUUCAGUGUGAGUGGCACUCUUCAAUAUCAUCAGCAAACCCAUACAGGGGAGAAACCUUUUGAAUGCUCAGAGUGUGGGAAGAGAUUCAGUCAGAGUAGCCAUCUUCAAUAUCAUCAGAGAACCCACACAGGGGAGAAACCUUUUGAGUGCUCAGAAUGUGGAAAGAGAUUCAAUGAGAGGAGGAAUCUUCAACGGCAUCAGAGAAUACACAUAGGGGAGAAUCUUGAGGGGGAGGACUCAGGAGGGGGGGGCACCCCGGGAGGAGCGCAGCCUGUUGCAAAGUUACUCCCGAGCAGCCCUAUUGAGCAGCGCAAGGCGUGGCUGACGGCAGCCUACAUGAAGCUCCUGUGCAGCACUGGAAGGGUUAAGACCGCCGAGCUGCUUGCUAGAGAGGCCGAUCAACAACAUCAUCAGAGAACCCACACAGGCGAGAAACCUUUUAACUGCUCAGAGUGUGGAAAGAGAUUCAGCACAAGUGGCAGUCUUCAAUGUCAUCAGAGAACCCACAGAGGGGAGAAGCCUUUUGAAUGCUCAGAGUGUGGAAAGAGAUUUAAUACAAGUGGCCAUCUUCAAUAUCAUCAGAGAAUCCACACAGGGGAGAAGCCUUUUGAAUGCUCAGAGUGUGGAAAGAGAUUCAGUAUGAGUGGCAGUCUUAAGUGUCAUCAGAGAACCCACACAGGGGAGAGACCUUUUGAAUGCUCAGAGUGUGGAAAGAGAUUUAAUGUGAAUGACAGUCUUCAAAAGCAUCAGAGAACCCACACAGGGGAGAAACCUUUUGAAUGCUCAGAGUGCGGAAAGAGAUUUAGCAUGAUUAGCAGUCUUCAACGUCAUCAGAGAAUCCACACAGGGGAGAAGCCUUUUGAAUGCUCAGAGUGUGGAAAGAGAUUCAGUACAAGUGGCAGUCUUCAAAGGCAUCAGAGAACCCACAGAGGGGAUAAGCCUUUUGAAUGCUCAGAGUGUGGAAAGAGAUUCAGUACAAGUGGCAGUCUUCAAAGGCAUCAGAGAACCCACAGAGGGGAUAAGCCUUUUGAAUGCUCAGAGUGUGGAAAGAGAUUCAGUCAGAGUAGUCAACUUCAGUAUCAUCAGAGAAGCCACACAGGAGAGAAACCUUUUGAAUGCUCAGAAUGUGGAAAGAGAUUUAAUGUGAAUGACAGUCUUCAAAAGCACCAGAGAAAACACACAGGGGAGAAACCUUUUGAAUGCUCAGAAUGUGGAAAGAGUUUUAAUGUGAAUGACAGUCUUCAAAAGCAUCAGAGAACCCACACAGGGGAGAAGCCUUUUGAAUGCUCUGAGUGUGGAAAGAGAUUCAGUACAAGUGGCAGUCUUCAGCGUCAUCAGAGAACCCACACAGGGGAGAAACCUUUUGAAUGCUCACAGUGUGGAAAGAGAUUCAGUCAGAGUAGCCAACUUAAAUAUCAUCAGAGAAUCCACACAGGGGAGAAACCUUUUGAAUGCUCAGAGUGUGGAAAGAGAUUCAGACAGAGUGGCCAUUUUCAAGAUCAUCAGAGAACCCACACAGGGGAGAAACCUUUUGAAUGCUCAGAGUGUGGAAAGAGGUUUAGUAUGAGUCGCAGUCUUCAACGUCAUCAGAGAGUCCACACAGGGGAGAAACCUUUUGAAUGCUCAGAAUGUGGAAAGAGAUUUAAUGUGAAUGACAGUCUUCAAAAGCAUCAGAGAACCCACACACGAAGCUCCACUGUUCUUCUUGUGGAGAUAACCAGUCCACUCAAAGCCCCUGCUUUGUCCGUGCACCUGGCUGCUUUCGUCAUAGGCUCUCCUCUUCGGCAGCGGCACCCCGGCUUCGACUGCCGACACCCCCGAGCUUCCUCCGGCGGUGCGCCUCUCCUGGCGCCUGGCCACGUCAGCAGCUCAGCGCCUCGGUCGCUGCGUCCGCCUUGCAAACAUCUCUGGCCCCACUCGUCUCCGGCCCCACUCGCCCUGCAGGCGUCGAUUCCACCGCCCGGCCGCCUCACUCCACCCAGCGACGCCAGCCCUGUUCGUCGUCUGAUCGGCCGCCUCCCAGUCCACGCCACUGCCUCGGCCACUUCCGCGCCCGCGGCAGGCCCCACUCGUAGUUCGGUGGCAAGCCCAGCUGCGUCCACACCAACGGACACCACAAGACCCUCCAGUGCCUCACCUCCCUCUCUAUGA